UGUUGUACUGACGUAGUGCUUUUAUUUUGAAAGAGACUGUAUCAAACUGUACAUUUCCUGUGAAAACAGAAGUGUAUUUUGAAAACAGACAAUGCAUGUAACAGGCUGAAGUUGACACGGCGUCCCAGAACGUCAACAACCAACACACCCAGGGUACCUUGGACGUCAUAUGUGGACGUGGAAAGUCCAUGACCAAACGUGGACAUGUGACGAGGUCACAGUGAGGAUGAUUUGGCGUCGCACUGGUUCCUUCGUCAAACAGCUAGUGAUAUUUUUCCAUGUUGGAUUAUUGCAGAACAUAACGUUAGGCCUGUUUUUUUGUCUGAGAUUGUUGCACGUUUAAAAAUAAGUAGGACUUCACGUUUUGUCAGCGUUCGCACACUGAGUCCGAAACUUCCAUCCGUCAUUUAAAUUUUCGGAACAGGUUCCAUUUUGUGUGUCGGAGCCUUUAAAGACGUUUGACCAAGAAUCAGUGGAGAAAAUGUGGUGGCGGGACACAGCUGAGACCAGACAGAGGAACGGGGCGCACAGAAUCAAUUUAUAACUGGGACAGCCACCUGGGUUUCCUCCGGAUGCUCCAACACGUUCUCCCCGUGUGGCACCUGGUGAUUGAGGGAGGUCGUUGUUUGCUCAAUCCUGUUUAAAUAGACCUAAAAAUAUUAAAAAUCAGCUCAAACAUUUAUUCAUAAUCCCAGGCUUCUCUUGUCUGUGUCAUCACGUUGUACAUGUGCAUAAUGACGUCACUGCCUUACGUUAUGUGUGGUGCAAAACUGUGUUAAACCACAUGGUGGCGCCAGAGAAACAAGUGAUGAGUCGAUCACAUCUCCUUUCAGGAUUCUCGCUGUCAUGUAAUGGUGCAAUCACAUUUUCCAGGCCUGGAAGUUUUGGAAAAGUCCUGGAAUAUUGCUGUGCGUACAGAGUUUGUUAGAGUGGAUAAACAGGUUAAGAUCAAGUUAUAAUUAUGGCGUGAUAUCACAGGGUGAGAACUCUCAGAUUAAAUGUGCUGUUUGGGAUGAGUUGAAAUGACGACAUGUCUCUCUGAUUCUGUCACUCAGAACACCAACGGGCCCCCGGACCUCAUGUUGGACCCCCGGACGGUGUGCGUUUGUUUGGAUGAGGUGGUCAACAAGCGGCCGGCGGGCGGCCAGCAGACGCCGCUGCUGCAGGGACACCUGAAGAAGGUGGACAACAACCUGACGGAGGCCCAGAGGUUCUCCUCAUUACCACGGAGACCGGCGGUCAACAUCGAGUUCAAGGACGUCUCGUAUUCUGUCAGAGACGGACCCUGGUGGAGGAAGAAAGGUUACAAAACUCUGCUCAAAGGGAUCUCUGGGAAAUUCACCAGCGGGGACCUGGUGGCCAUCAUGGGGCCCUCCGGAGCCGGGAAGUCCACCCUCAUGAAUAUUCUGGCCGGGUACAGAGAGACGGGGAUGAAGGGAGAGAUCCUGAUCAACAGUCAGCCCAGAGACCUGCGCUCCUUCAGGAAGGUUUCCUGUUACAUCAUGCAGGACGACAUGCUGCUGCCUCACCUCACCGUACAGGAGGCCAUGAUGGUUUCAGCCAACCUGAAGCUGCAGGAGAAGGUGGAGGCCCGCAGAGAGAUGGUACAGGAGAUCCUGAUGGCUCUGGGUUUACUGGACUGUGCUAAAACUAGGACGUCCCACCUGUCGGGGGGUCAGAGGAAGAGACUGGCCAUCGCUCUGGAGCUUGUCAACAAUCCACCAGUCAUGUUCUUCGAUGAACCCACCAGCGGUCUGGACAGCUCGUCCUGUUUCCAGGUCGUCUCUCUGUUGAAGGCUCUGGCUCAGGGAGGACGAACCGUCAUCUGCACCAUCCACCAACCCAGCGCCAAACUGUUCGAACUCUUUGACAAGCUUUACGUCCUGAGUCAGGGUCAGUGUGUCUACAGAGGUAAAGUCUCCAGUCUGGUUCCUUACCUGAGAGACCUGGGACUCAACUGCCCCACCUACCACAACCCGGCUGACUUCGUGAUGGAGGUGGCGUCUGGAGAAUACGGAGACCAGAUGGUGCGACUGGUGAAGGCGGUGCAGGACAGGAAGUGUGAGAAGGAUCAUCAGACCGAACUGAACGGAGACACUAACCUCCACCCGCUCCUGUGGCAGCGCACGGACGAGGAGAGCUCGACGUCUGAAGGGUGUCACAGUUUCUCAGCCAGCUGUAUGACCCAGUUCUCCAUCCUGUUCCGGAGAACCUUCCUCAGCAUCCUCAGAGACUCGGUGCUGACUCACCUGAGGAUCUCCUCCCACAUCGGGAUCGGCGUCCUGAUUGGUCUGUUGUACCUGGGCAUCGGGAACGAGGCCAAGAAGGUUCUGAGUAACUCAGGGUUCCUCUUCUUCUCCAUGUUGUUCCUCAUGUUCGCUGCUCUGAUGCCAACGGUGCUCACCUUUCCUCUGGAGAUGGGAGUGUUCCUGAGGGAGCACCUGAACUACUGGUACAGUCUGAAGGCGUAUUAUCUCGCCAAAACCAUGGCGGACGUUCCCUUCCAGGUCGUGUUCCCGGUGGUGUACUGCAGUAUCGUGUACUGGAUGACUGCUCAGCCUCCGGACGCCGGACGCUUCUUCCUCUUCCUGUCUCUGGGAGUUCUGACCUCUUUGGUGGCUCAGAGUCUGGGUCUGCUGAUCGGAGCCGCCUCCACCUCUCUGCAGGUGGCGACGUUUGUGGGUCCGGUCACAGCGAUCCCUGUCCUGUUGUUCUCCGGGUUCUUCGUCAGCUUCGACACCAUCCCCUGGUACCUGCAGUGGAUGUCCUACAUCUCCUACGUCAGGUACGGCUUCGAGGGCGUCAUUCUGGCCAUCUACAGCCUGGACCGAGAGGAUCUGCACUGCGAUGAGGACGACACCUGUCACUUCCAAAAGUCUGAAGCCAUCCUGAAGGAGCUGGACAUGCUGGACGCCAAACUCUACCUGGACUUCAUCGUCCUCGGCAUCUUCUUCCUCUCUCUGAGGCUCAUCGCUUACUUUGUCCUGCGGUACAAGAUCAGCGCUGAGAGGUAGACCAGGAGGAAGAGCAGGAGGAGGAGGAGAUCUCAGCGGCAGCCUGCGGCGUUUAGGACCCAACCUUUAGGCCAAAGUUGGCGUGUAGCUGUGAAGUUGGUCUACAUGUGAACACUGAAAUCUACUUUGGCUCUCUGUUAAAACAAAGCGACACAAAGAAGAGACGACGUGAGAUGUAGAGCUGGUUUAAAGGUCUCUGAGUGUCAGUAGAGGACAAAGUGAGGACGGAGCUGGUCUCCUGACUCCUGAACUGUGCCACAAGAAACAGGAGAACACCUGAUUUUUAUUUCACGGCCGUCUCAAUGAAGGGCGGUCGGGAUGAGGAGGUGGGACAGACUCUGGACUGAUUCAGUACAAAGACACUCAUGUUAAUAUAGUUUUAAUCUCUGAGGUUCAGCGUCCUCACAAACACUGUGUAUCAGACUGUCGAUCAAUAAAGUACAGACCAGUUAUUUCCUGAGUCUUUGUCUCCUGUGAUCUCAGAGGUUCAGUCUUUGUUAAAGUGAAUAAUCCAGUUUGAACAGCUGAGAUGGGAUUUGAAGGAUGUUGCUAUCGGAC